UCAAAAUAUGCCUUUUUUCCACACAGAAGAUGCAUUAUGACAACAGUUCAAAUUCUAGGGGAGAUUCUCAAUAGUAACUUUGCUUGUACGUAACUAAAAAAAAAAUGACUUUUCGUAAUCUCCUGUCAUGCUCCACACGGCGAAUGCAAUCAUGCGAUAGAAAGCUCACCGGUUAAUUCUUUUAUAAAGGCGCAUCCUCCGAUUCUAUCUUUCCUGAUCCACCUGCUUCUAAUGGAAAUCUCUCAUAAUAAAACACCUUCUUAAACUCGGGGAUAAGGCAGAAAGCAGAAGAACUCGCCACGCACGAACUACCAGAUGGAUGUUUUGGAGUUUUCGUUGCUUAUCUGCAUUCUUCUUCUCAAAGGAACCAACCUUCAGGCUCAAACAAGCAUGGAAAAUGUGAAGGCAAUAUGGAGUCGAUAUGUGCAAGCUACUGAUGGAAAUAGCACGUACUAUAAUGAUUACCCUGGAGGUGGAGCAUGCGCUUUAGAUCCUGCAUCACCGCUGAACAAGCUGCCUGAUUGGAUGCUGGUUGCAGCUGGUGAAGCUGACUAUCAGAAGUCCCUUGGGUGUGGUAUGUGCAUUGAAAUUAAUGCCAACGGGGAACAGGCCAACUCCGCCAGCGGAGGGCCAACACCGAUGAAAGGCACCUAUAAGGCAACUAUUUGGGACCUUUGUGGAGGAUGCAAACAAGCUGGUUUUGAUUUCUACAUAAAAGGCUUUGGUAAGUACAAGACCUCUUUCAAGGCAAUUGAGUGCCCCACUGUACCAGGUGAACAGGGAAAAAUUCAAUUACGGUUCGCAGGCAGCCACAACUGGUACAUAAAACUGCAAGCUCGGAACUCAGAGGUGGUAACUGUUGGUAUGGAGAUCGAACACAAUAACAAGUGGGUUUGUAUGAAACGAUCGGCAGACAACUACUUUAUCAUCAGCGGAUUGGGAGAGAUUAAAUUUCCAAAAAAGUUUAGGAUAACCAGCAUCAGUGGCGAGCAACUGGUAACCACGGUGCCUUACGUUAAAAACGACGUGAAUAUUCCCACGGAUUUACAGUACUCGGGGUUUAAUCCAGAUAGCAAUCCAGAGAGUAUAAAAUGCUAUGGACAAGACGGAAAAAGUGAACAACCUAUUGGUCCAACUAGCGCGCCAGCUUCAGGAACAGAGGGAGGUACCCAGCCUACGCCAACUGCAAGUAGCAGUCCGUCUGGCAGUCAACCUCUGCCAACAUCUAAGCUACCCACCUCGGCAGGAGGGUCAUCUGUAAGUGGUGGUGUGGUCCAAACUAGUUCUGCACCUCCGACAACAGUUGGGGGAAAUAAUAGACCCUCACCGUCCCCGACAUCACCCACUUCCAAACCCCCUGAAGAGCCAGAUGAGAAGUUUUGCAAUGGAAAACCCAGUGGUUUAUAUGCUGACCCAAACGAUUGCAGCAGCUUUUAUCAUUGUUCCAAUGGGAUCACUUAUUGGAAGCAUUGUCCGGAGGGACUCUUGUUCAGUCCUAAGCUAAGUGUUUGUGAUUGGCCUGCAAACGUAGAAUGUGGGGUAGGUGGCCAACAGGAUGUUGAAAAAGGGCCUCAUCCCGGCGUAAAGAUUACCCAGAUUUUAAAAAAGAGAGAGGGCUCAGGAACAUCAAUUUUGUCAAAACAGCAGUGACAUAAACGAUAAUUACAUAUUCAGAUGGGACCUGGUAUGAAUCUGGCCUAAGGCUAAUCUAAUGUCGUCGACGAUGAUGUCAGAAGAAAAGAUGAAGAUUGAAAUAAUGAUUGUCAAUCUCGCCAAUAUUAAUUCUAUUCGUUUGGAUUAAACGGGUUUAACACAGGCUCAA